AUGGCCGGUCCACAUAAUGCAGUCGAUUCUUCCGUGGUGGUUCUACCACAGGUACCCGGAUUACGGGACAAUCAGCAGCUAUACAACUCGGCAAGUUUGUAUGUAGGUGAUCUGCAGCCAGAUGUCACUGAGGCUAUUUUGUAUGAAGUCUUUAACAGUGUUGGUCCGGUCUCAUCGAUUAGGGUAUGCAGAGACUCAAUUACCAGAAAGUCACUCGGUUAUGCCUACGUGAACUACUACAGCGUUCAAGAUGCCGAGGCAGCCUUGGAAUCUCUCAACUAUAUAGACAUUAAAGGCCAUCCUACCAGGAUCAUGUGGAGCAACAAGGAUCCGACUCUUAGGAAAUCUGGCGCCGGUAACAUCUUUGUUAAGAACCUCGAUCGUAGCAUAGACACAAAGGCAUUUUAUGACACGUUUUCACACUUUGGCCCAAUUUUGUCGUGCAAGGUCGCCAUGGAUGAAAACGGAGUAAGCAAGGGAUACGGAUUUGUCCACUAUGACACCGAAGAAAGCGCCAAAGAAGCUAUUGAAAAAGUUAAUGGAAUGGUCAUUGGUGGAAAGAAGGUCGAGGUUUCCCCCUUUAUUAAGAAGCAGGACAGGGACCCCGCCUCAGUGGAUGUAUUUACCAAUUUGUAUGUGAGAAAUUUUCCGGUUUCGUGGGAUGAAGAAGCUCUCAAACAAUUUUUGGAUAAGUAUGGUGAAAUUACAAGCAUGAUGAUUAAGGAAGACGGGAAGGGUAGAAAGUUUGCCUUUGUCAACUUUGCCGAGCCAGAGAUGGCUAAAGAAGCAGUCGAGGCUCUAAAUGGUACUAAACUUGAGGAAGGCAGUGAGCCACUUUUGGUAUGCCCACACCAGGACAAGGCGAAGAGACAAGCUUUCCUAAAGAGCCAAUAUAUCAGCGGUCUGGAUGGAAGUAUCGCCAGCAAGGCUUCAUCCAACCUUUACAUCAAGAAUCUUGAUGAUAGCUUUACGGAUGAGAGUCUUCAGGAACUCUUUGGCCAAUUUGGAAGCAUCACCAGCUGCAAGAUUAUGAGGGAUGCCAGCGGUGUCUCAAGAGGCUUUGGAUUUGUAUGCUUUUCGAGACCUGAGGAGGCAACCAAGGCGAUUGCUGGCAUGCAUCUUAAGAUUGUCAAGGGUAAGCCACUUUAUGUUGGAUUAGCUGAAAAGAAAGAGCAAAGACUGUCGAGACUUCAGCAAUCAUCGAGGAGCAGGAAUGGGGAUUCCAUGAAUCAAGGCCCAAUUCCAUCUGUACUCCACGGAGUGCCAGGAUAUCAAGACGCCUCAGGGUUUUAUGGUCAGGGCUUUAGAGGUGGUCCACAGGGUGUAGGCGUUCCAGGUAGGGGAGUGAGGAUGUAUCCUCAAUCUCACAUCCCAGUGAUGCCUAGAAAUAUGCAUUUGUCUUCUGGCUCACCUCUUCCACCAAACAACGCUGGCCUCUCUGGAAUGCAAGGAAGUCCAAAUUUGCACUCCGGAAUGCAGGGUAGCCCAAGCUUGCGUUCUGGUCUCCAGGGAACACCCAACAUCCACCCAGGAAUCCAGGUCACUCCGCAUGGUGCUCCAAAUAUUCACCCUGCAAUGCCUACAAUUCCAAACGUCAUUCAGAGGAGGGUUAUGCCUACAAAGAAUGCCCCUGUCUCUGGAUUCAAGUUUACUGCUCAGGCUAGGAACAGGGAGGUUGGAUCUACAAUGUCAAUGGGUGUUCCAAUGCAUCCAAACAUGGGUAUGCCUACACAGGCUCCUGGACAGCAAACAAUGCAGCCUGCUAUGCAAGGAAAUGCUACUACACAUUUAGAUGACACAGCAUUCCAAAAGCAGAUGAUUGGAGAACGUUUGUUCCCAAUUGUAGCGAGGGAUAAUCCGGACCUCGCAGGAAAAAUCACUGGAAUGAUGCUAGAAAUAGACAAUGCCGAGCUCUUGGCGCUUUUGGAAGAUGACGCAAGGCUUAAGGCAAAGAUCGACGAAGCUAUUCGCGUACUCAAGCAAGCAUCUUAA